AUGUUCUCUUUUUCUUUUUCUUUCUCCUCCUCUUUCUUUACCCUAUCUCCCAAAUACUUUUCCUCUUUCUCUUCUCUUCUCUUUUCUCGUCCAUAUUCUCUUUCCCGUCUCUAUCUCCCUUUUCUUUCUUUCUUCUUUCUCCUCGACCUUUCCUUUCUGAUUUUUCUCCUUCCUUUUCUUUCUACAUCUACCGAAUCUCUUUCUUUUCGGUUUUUCUCUUUCUGCUUUUCCCUUUUUCUUUCGACCACCUCUGACCUAUCCACUUCCUUUCCCAAACUCUUCUAUUUCCGCCCUCUCUCUUCUUGUAUUCUCCUCCCCCAAAAUCACCCCAUUCACACCCGACCUACACAUUUACGCUCCUUCAAACUCCACCUCCCAAUGUUUAAACAAGCCUCAAAAGGGCUUCCCCUCUCUCUCCCUCUCUCUCUCUCUCUCACUCUCUCUCUCUUUCUCUCUGUUGUGUACAUCGCUUCAUCCCCAAACACACCAACUCGAUUUCUCACUUUCUCCUUCGUCAGCAAUCUUUCUUUCUUUCUUUCUUUCUUUCUUUCUUUCUUUCUUUCUUUCUUUCUUUCCCAUCUUGCUUAUUCGCACUACCUUUCUCCCUCUAACACAAUGAAACAUUUUCCCCUUUACUCCCAUUUCCUUUCAGGAAUAAAUUAUACUUUUAGUCAUACCUUCGCAGUAACUUUGUUUCUUUUCGGUAUAUUUAUGUUUUACUUUAUACUAAUCUAUCUAUCUAUCUACCUAUCUAUCUAUCUAUCUCAGUUUAGUCAUAUCUAUCUCAGUUUAGUUAUAUCUCUCUCAGAUUAUUCAUAUCUAUCUAUCUAUCUAUCUAUCUAUCUAUCUAUCUAUCUAUCUAUCUAUCUAUCUGACUUUAUUAAUAUUUAUCUCAGUUUAUUCAUAUCUAUCUAUCUAUCUAUCUAUCUAUCUAUCUAUCUAUCUAUCUAUCUGAGUUUAUUAAUAUUUAUCUCAGUUUAUUCAUAUCUAUCUAUCUAUCUAUCUAUCUAUCUAUCUAUCUAUCUAUCUGAGUUUAUUAAUAUUUAUCUCAGUUUAUUCAUAUCUAUCUAUCUAUCUAUCUAUCUAUCUAUCUAUCUAUCUAUCUAUCUGAGUUUAUUAAUAUUUAUCUCAGUUUAUACAUAUCUAUCUAUCUAUCUAUCUGAGUUUAUUAAUAUUUAUCUCAGUUUAUUCAUAUCUAUCUAUCUAUCUAUCUAUCUAUCUAUCUAUCUAUCUAUCUAUCUAUCUAUCUAUCUUAAUUAUUCAUAUCUAUCUAUCUAUCUAUCUAUCUAUCUAUCUAUCGAUCUAUCUAUCUAUCUAUCUAUAAGGGCCUUGCCAUAUAAUUUGACUUAUACUGUACACAUCGCUUAUUAUUCUCUCUUUCAUUGUCCGUUUCUCACGCCCUCCACCAAACAUAUCUUCUCACAUUCUUUCUCUUUUUAUUCUCUCCUAGCUGUGUGCUCGAAUAGCUGCUAUAUUAAUAAAGACAAUGAUUUGUCGUUGUGUAUUGCUCAUCUCUCAAACCGCGGAGCCACUCCCGACAUAUAUCAAGAGAGAGGAGGCUCCUUCCUACUCCAAUAA